AGACCAUGGACACGCUGCGCCAAGUAGAAAACGUGGCUGCGCACCGGCUCCGCAAGACAUUCAAGUAUCCGUCUGAAUCCGACGACGAGGAAACGGUGGAAGCAGGCAUGGACGAACAAGAUCGCGCAGCCCUCGUCGCAACACUAAGUAAACACGAUACUUCGACGACGCAUACAUACACGCUGUUCCUGCUUGCCCUGCCACUCGUCCCCAUCCUGCUGUACAUCCCGCGCCUCGUCUCGCUCGCCACAGUGCUGCCCUCGAGCGUCGCAAUCGCAAGUCUACUUGCUUCGGCAUACACGCUGUAUUUUCUGCCGCUGCCGCCCACGGAAAUGGCGCUGGUAGAUGGCGUCGACGUGACGCCUUUGGUUGUGCGACAGCAGCGGCACAAUAACAGCAGUAGCAGCGGUGCAAAGAACAAGGCCAAGGCUCCCGGGACGGGAACCGGAUAUAUGCCUACGCCGAGCUGGGAGAAACCAGCGGAGAAGUCAGUGCGAAGACCUGUGCCCUGGAUCUCUGACAAGACGGCUGAUGCACUCGCGGAUUGGAUUGUGCCGCUGAAUCGCGCGGCGUGCGGGCUGCUGGCGCUGCAUGAGGUGUGGUUGGGGCGCGAUUGGACCGAGGGCUUUGUGGUUGGAGGCGGAUUCCUGCCUGGUGUGAUUUGCCUGGUGAUAUUGUGGGCGAGGACCGAGCUGCGCAUUAUCGAUAUGGAUGUGCUGGAGAAGAUGAAUGCUAGUAGCAGUAGUAGUAGUAGUAGUAGUAGUAGUAGUAGUGUGCAGGACAAGGCAAAGUGAAAAGGAACCGAAAAGAAGAAGAGACUCAAACAUAUAUGUAUGUAAAUCAUGAUACCCC